AUGCCUCUGGAGAAGAUCUGCUGUAUAGGGGCAGGGUAUGUGGGGGGCCCGACAUGCAGUGUCAUCGCCCUCAAGUGUCCCCACAUACAGGUGACUGGUGACAUGAAUGCUUCACGCAUCGCCCAGUGGAACUCGGACAAAUUGCCCAUCUUUGAGCCUGGCCUGGAUGAAGUUGUCCGCAAAUGUCGAGGCAAAAACUUGUUUUUCUCCACAGACGUGGACAAGGCCAUCAAAGAAUCUGAGUUGAUUUUUAUAAGCGUGAACACACCAACUAAAAUGUAUGGCUUGGGAAAGGGACGAGCUGCAGACCUCAAGUACAUAGAGGCCUGCGCGCGGAGAAUUGCUGAUGUAGCCGAGAGCUCUAAGAUCGUGGUAGAGAAAAGUACAGUUCCCGUCCGUGCGGCUGAGCGCAUCACAAACAUACUGAAGGCCAACGUCAAACCUGGGGUCCGGUAUAAGGUCUUGUCAAAUCCCGAGUUUCUGGCUGAAGGGACAGCUAUUAACGACCUCAUCAACCCAGACCGUGUUCUGAUUGGUGGAGAAGAAACUGAAGAAGGGAGGGAAGCUGUUACAGCCAUUACAGAAAUCUACAGCCACUGGGUACCAAAGAAUAAAAUUAUUACUACAAAUCUCUGGUCAUCUGAGUUAUCCAAGUUGGCUGCCAAUGCCUUCCUAGCCCAGAGGAUCUCCAGUAUUAAUGCUAUCUCUGCCAUCUGUGAGGUGACGGGAGCUGACGUAUCAGAGGUCCACGCCAUAGGCACAGACUCACGGAUAGGGGACAGGUUCCUCAAGGCCAGUGUAGGUUUUGGAAGCUGCUUUCAGAAGGAUGUCCUCAACAUGGUCUAUCUGUGCGAGUGUUUAAAUCUACCUGUGGUGGCAGCUUACUGGCAACAGAUUAUUGACAUGAAUGAGUACCAGAAGAGGAGAUUUACCAAUCAGAUCAUAGAGAGUAUGUUCAACACCGUGGUGAACAAAAACAUUGCCGUCCUGGGAUUUGCCUUCAAGAAGGAUACAGGAGACACAAGAGAGUCUCCAGCGAUAUAUGUGUGUAAAUAUCUGAUGGAUGAAGGGGCACAGCUGCGAAUCUAUGAUCCCAAAGUUCAGGAUGAGCACAUCAUUAGGGACCUGAUAAGUGUUUCAGGGGAUAAUCCACAGAGAGUGAGUGAGCUGGUGACUGUGUGUGGGAACGCAUAUACAGCUGCAGAGGGUGCUCACGCUCUGGUGGUGUGCACUGAGUGGGAUGAGUUCACGACUUUGGACUACAAGGAGAUCUAUCAGAAGAUGUUAAAACCGGCUCAUGUGUUUGAUGGCCGUCUUAUUUUGGACCACUCUAGACUCAUGGAUUUGGGGUUUCACGUGGAAGCAAUAGGAAAACGACUCACGCGGCCCAGCUUACAUCGCGGCUUUGCCAACUCCCUACCAUAAAUCUGCCAAUCCUAUGCUUGUCCAAUUCAUUCUUGUCAAUGUUUUUGUCUUCCACAAUAAAAUGUGACUAUCAAUAACAGAGUGUGUAGAUUAGUAAAUCUUGGCAUUUCUCUGGUCACAAUCACAUUGUGAGUUCAAACCCAAAUGUGGUGAAUUUUUUUUUUUUUUCAUAUUGUUAAGCUAAUUAUUAAAUAGUCCAGUUUAUCAAACAGUGUUGUUCGCUAUUUUUGGUCUUCCUCAAGUACACUUUCAGGAUUUUAUGCUUUUUUGCAUUUGCGUCAAAAUUUACAUGCUGAAUUUAUUCCUUUGUGCCUAUUUACUCUUAGUUAUUUGUAACCCAUGAUAUAUGUAUCUCAAGUUUAUUGAAAAUUACACGCCAAUCAGGUCAAACGUGGUGGUGUACAUGAAUUUACAUUCACAUUGUUAGUAUUAUUAUUGUAGUUAGCCAGUUGAUUAAUCUACUGCUGGUUGAACAUGUAUAAAUUUGCACAUUUUUUCCUGUUCAUUAGCAGUUUUUACACUCUCAUAUGUACUAUGUCAUGUCUAAGUGAAAUAUGGUACCUCAACCAUGUAUCAGAUUAAGUAUGACUUUUCAUGGGGUUUUUUUUUAUACAUUUUUAACCAAACUCUAGCCAUUGCAAAGUGCAAGGUGGACAUAUUCUGCUGUUUCCCCAUCUCUCAGUAGACCUUUCUGAACUGUCAAUCAAGAACACAAAAUUGACCAAUCAGAAGCAGUAUUGUUGCAAACUGGUCAACCAGAUGUUCCACACAUUGGUUACAAAUGUCCAAUCUCUCUGUGAGGUGAGUUUGUCACAGAGAGUCUUUCAUCAAGAAUGGAAUGAAAAGUAAGCUUGUAGUGGGACAUCAGAUGUGUUAGAUCUAUCCAUUCGUGUUGGUCAUGGUGACAAUAAGUAUAGCUGUUUGCUUCGUCUGAAAUCUGAUGACGGUUGUUUGCCUUCUACCAGUACGGUGUGCAUGUGUGUGUUGUCAUAUAUAAGGGCUGCCAACAUCUAAAUAACAACUUCGUCAGUCCGGCAUUAAACAACAACAACAAAAAUACAUUGAAUUCAUAAAUUGUUAUGAAUUAGUACUUGUCAUUAAAGAUUUAAUUAAAGGCUUACCCUAGUACGUACAUGUAUAUUACACUUUUUGUAUUAUUUUUGUUGUGUUUAUUUGUGCAGCUUACCUCUAAGUAAUUUAGAUGUAAAAUCUCCUAAAGUGAUAAUAAAGCCAGUUAUGUUAAGUCUUAAUUUCUAGAUACAUGUUCAUGUAUUUUUGAGGUAAUUUUCAAUCAUUAUAUUUCUUCACAAAGCCCACCGAUCAGAAAUAUCCUUUAUUUGUCUGGAAGCUGUGUUGUGCGACGGCAAUGCACAACAAUUUACAGUGGUCACUCUGUUUAACACCUGGUGAAUUAGAGGAAUGUAUGUGUUUUUGUUUUUUUUCAAGUAUAUUGUUUGGUGUGCCAAUUACUCUUCACUCACUUAGUAUAUUUUUGUUGAAUAUAGUCGUGUCUCAUCUUGAAUUGUUCUACAUUUUCACUUUCAUGUAUUAGCUUUUGAAUCAGUUGGCAAAAGCAUUUCUGACCAAUGUUUGAAACCAUGUGAUCUUGGCAGGUGAACUGUGCGGGCAUUCGAUUGCCCAUUUUGAGGUGCAAAUCAUGCACUGUUCAAUAUAAUUGAAUGCCAAUUAGAGGACAUUCAUAUGCUUAACCUGCAUAUGAAUUAUGGACUGAAAAACUUGAAACCAUGCUAUUGUUUAAACAAAAUGUUGUAUAUCCUUACAUAUGACAUGAGGUGUAAAUAUGAUACACUUAAUUGCUGUCAGUGCUUUGGAAUACUGCCCUUUUUUACAUUGUAACUGCCAUUGCUAUUUGAUAACAGUUUAUUACAAUUAGAUAUAAAAUGUACUUAUAUUAUGUAGGUGCGGAUAUAUAUAUAUGUGUGUAUCUAUUAUACAUAUUCACAGUCAACAUUUACAUGUAACUCUGCUGUGGAGGUUUUAUUCUGGAUGAUGCUUAAGGGAUAUAUGAAGCAUUUGGUUUAAUAUGUCUUACCAUUGGUCUUAAUAUGUAAAAUAAAAGCAAACUUUCUCAGCUUCCCUCUGGAGGCAUAAAAGGGUUUUGAACUACAGGUUUCAUAAGGCCCCUGUAGUCAGUUCAGAAAUCAAGUAGGUUGCAUUGGUGAUAUGUCAAUGGUGAUACCUGUGAAAACAACUGUGUAAGGGAAAGAGCCCUAAUGGGAGGUUCUGUAAGCUGGUCCCGUUCUCCUGGUGAGCACAUCGAUGGCAUCAUUCCCGACCAUUGACAGAAAACAUGCGUAUGAAAAAGAUAUAAAAAAAGAUAUAAA